AUGAAAACACACUAUGGCAGCACAGCUGAGUCAAUACGCCGAUUGAGUUGCCCACCGCUCAAGUGUUGUUUGCGGCAGUCGAGUCUAGACAGCAGCAAAUUGGAUGAGGGGUGGAUUGAAGACAUAUUCUUUGCCCAUUUUGACGUAGGCUUGUGCUCUAAUGUUUGCUUUAUGAAAGCAAAAGUUACAGUAUGUGACCCCAGUGAGGUCCACGUAUUGGCGGAAAGGUCGUUCACGAAUUUAUCAAGUGAUGCUU